AUGCAGAAAAUCAAGAGUGCAGCAUCCAACAUCAGCAUCAACUCUCCCAUCCCAACGAGCUUGGCAGGCGAGUGCAAGAAAGCCGCCAAGAUCCUCAAUAGCUUUGUUGACCCUGGUCAAGGUCUUGAUAAAGUGAUUCCUCCUGGUAUCCUGGAGAAGGCUCAAGGAUUAGCCAUUUUUACUGUAUUGAAGGCUGGAUUCCUUUUCUCAGGUCGAGCUGGAGGCGGUUUGGUCGUUGCAAGACUAGACGAUAACAGCUGGUCUGCCCCAUCUGCUAUUGCCACUGGAGGGGUGGGUGCGGGAGGUCAGAUAGGUGCGGAGCUCACAGACUUUGUCUUGGUGCUAAACACGAAACAAGCUGUCAAGACGUUUAGUCAAUUUGGAAAUGUGACCUUGGGUGGCAAUGUAUCAGUUGCGGCAGGUCCCAUUGGUCGCAAUGCUGAAGCAGCUGGCUCUGCAAGCUUAAAACAAGUCUCUGCUGUCUAUUCAUACAGCAAAACGCGUGGAUUUUUUGCUGGUGUGUCUUUGGAAGGAUCGGUCAUUGUUACCCGUGGUGAUGCCAAUGAGAAGCUUUAUGGUCAAAAGGUCGCUGCCAAGGAUUUGCUGGAAGGAAAGAUACCACCACCCCCUGAAGCAGAUGCUUUGUAUCGUGCAUUGAAUGCUCGCUUCCACAACCUUGGAAACACAGGUGCCAUGUAUGCAGCAGGACGAGCAAGUAUUGAUAAUGGUGGAUCGCCAACACGUUCUCAAACAUUCAAGAGCACCAAUAUUUCAGCACCUGGAUCAUUAAGACAACCACCCAUCACACGCAAUGCAGCACCGCCACCACCUUCGUAUACAUCUACGCCUUCGAAUCAAUAUGGCAGUCAAUAUUCGACCCCAUCCUCUUAUGGAACCCCUACUGCAUCUGUACAAAGACCUCCUCCUCCACCACCUCCUCCUAGUCGAAAGCCACGUCAAGAAACAGCAAGAGCGUUAUAUGAUUUUACAGGUGAACAAGCAGGGGAUUUGAGUUUCCGUGAAGGAGAUAUCAUUACGAUUGUGGAGAAGAGCAACAGCCAAGACGAUUGGUGGACAGGGAGCAUUGGCGCUAGAAAAGGAAUGUUCCCUGCCAACUAUGUUCAAAUGCAGUAA